AUGGGGGCCUUCAGUAGCCAGGGACCCUCAUUGGCCAUUGGGCAAGGGCGCGAAGACUUCGCGCAACCGUGGGUGAGGAUCGAAGAGGACCACGAAGACCCACUUGCAAAUGCACGUCCUCCUGCCGACUACCUCCGCGAAGCGGUCACGGUUCCCUUCAGCGGCCGAAGCUCCAGCUGUGCCGAGUUCCUCCCCUUUGCCGCCUCCAUCUCCCGGUCGAGCCGUGAUCUUCUGCAGUCUCGCCCAACGAUCCACACUACUGGUUUUGCAGCGAUCGUCCCACGAUUUUCCGGCAAAAUAUCGAAGCUGCGCGCCACCUUCACGGUUGCUUGUCCCUGCUGCACCACCGAGACGCCACCACCCCAAGUCCUAGCAACGCCAACGAGCUCCCACCCGGCCGCGGCUAAUCCGAUCACUUGCGAUAGCCCGCAAGAAUCACGUGCUCAUGCUGCCAUGCGAGAUGCUAUGUCCUUCGGCCCCACGCAAAGCUCUUCACGACCAGCAGCCCUCCUGCCGUCAAUAGCCGAGCACCACCAUCCCCCGGCCAUACUCUCCCGCACCGAUCUUGAUCCACCGGUUCAAAUUCGGAAAUACAUAUUUCAAUUUUCCCAGCGGAGAACACAAGAUGCGCCGGACCAUCUUCCCUUCCCUGGGGCUCUGCUUGUCAGCACCGUCAUCCUCGCCACCAUAUACCCCAGGCGAUAUGGGGAGAACCAGCAAUCGAUCUUGGCGGAGAGACGCCGAGAGUCGCUCCUCUCGAAUCCGACCAACAUGGCGCCACCGUCGAUGACUACAUCGCUGUGCGAUGUCUUCUCGGGAAGGUGGGUCUUUGACAACACGUCGCCCCUAUACAAGGAGGGACAGUGCAGGCACAUGGGCACACUGGCUUGCGGGAAGCAGGGGCGGAGGGACUUGAAGUUCCAGCAAUGGAGAUGGCAACCCCAUGGUUGUGACCUUCCCAGGUUUGAUGCCACGGCACUGCUGGAGAGGCUAAGGAACAAGAGAUUGAUGUUCGUGGGGGACUCUCUUAAUAGAGGUCAAUGGGCUUCUCUCGUUUGCAUGGUGGAGUCGUCGAUCCCCAAGAAGCGAAGAUACCUCUCGAACCGUCGUCGUGGCCGCCCUACGAUCGUCUUCACUGCCCACGAUUACAAUGCAACAAUUGAAUUCUAUUGGGCACCCCUGCUUGUGGAGUCCAACUGUGACGAUCCAGUGAUCCAUCGGGUAGACAAUCGGAUUGUUCGAGUUCAGGCCAUUGAAAAGCAUGCAAAGCAUUGGUCUGGCGUGGACAUCCUCGUCUUCGAUUCCUAUCUUUGGUGGAGGCAAGGACCCAAGAUCAAAGUUUCAUGGGGAUCAUUUGAAAGUCCUGACAGAAAAUAUGAGCUGAUGAAGAUGCCUCGAGCAUACAAGAUGGCUUUAAACACUUGGUCAGAUUGGAUGCAGGUUCAUAUGGACAGAUCGAAGACGCAGGUGUUCUUCAUUGGCAUGUCUUCUACUCAUGAGAGAGCCGAGGAUUGGGGUGGGAUUGCGGGUCACAAUUGCUUCGGAGAAACAGAACCGAUCACCAAAGAAGGGUAUUGGGGAAGCGGGUCGAAUCGCGAGAUGAUGCGCGUGCUCCAGAAGGCGCUCAACAAGCUAUCGAAAAGAGGCCUCAAUGUUCAAAUGCUUAACAUUACGCAGCUCUCGGAAUAUCGCAAGGACGCACAUGUGUCCAUAUACAAAGGGCAAGCCAAAAACCUCACUCAACAUCAAAUCGCAAACCCUGCCACCUAUGCAGAUUGCUUCCAUUGGUGCCUUCCCGGACUGCCGGAUGUGUGGAACGAACUCUUGUAUGCCUACAUUUUACAGAAUUAG